CUUUGCAUUGGUUUCACGCACGUGUUGCGUGACGUAACAGAGGAUUUGUUUUUAUGUAGUUUUAGUACAUGUGUCUCUAUGUGGACGCAUUUGUGUUCUGGAGGGAAAUAGCAAUAAAUCUUCGAAAAGAUAAUUACUAUGGCUAAUGAAAAGAGAGCUAUGCCUAAUAUGCUUGUCACUGGGACUCCUGGUGUUGGAAAGUCAACACUUUGCCAACAAUUGCAGGAACGCACUGGUUUUGAAUGGUUGGACGUAGGUAAUAUUGCGAAGGAAUUUGAAUGCUUUGAUGGUUUUGACGAAGUAUAUGGAUGUCCAAUACUCGACGAAGAGAGGGUGCUGGAUGAAAUGGAAGAUAAAAUGGCAGAAGGUGGAAAAAUUGUGGACUAUCAUAGUUGUGAUUUCUUCCCAGAAAGAUGGUUUGACAUAGUAUUUGUGUUGAGAACAGACAACACUGUUCUAUAUGAUCGUUUGGUCCAGCGCGGAUACAGUGGAAAGAAACUGGAAGACAAUAUACAGUGUGAAAUAUUUCAAACAAUACUGGAUGAAGCGUUGGGUUCCUACAAAGAAGACAUUGUGCAUGCAUUGCCAAGUAAUAGUGCUGAUGACAUGGAGAAUAAUGUAGAAAAGAUCUUGCAGUGGCUGGAACACUGGAGAAAUAGUUGAAAGUAAAACUAUGAUGUACUGACACUAUCAAUUUGAAUGUGUUGGAACAGAAAUAUCAGUAUAUUAUAGUGGUACAGUGAUGACAAUGUUUAAAGUGCCAGUGCAUACUCUGCCAGGACGUGUAAUGGAAGCCAUUUCAGUGUAGUUCCAGUGUUAUGCUCUCAAGUUGUUCUGUUAUAUUCUGUGCUCUGUUUCAUUCUGUUGACGUGAAAUACAGUGAUUAUUAUGAUUAA